AUGAGCCCAACCGAACGCCUCUCAAAGGUCGUCGACGCCGUCACAGGUCGCGGAGCAGUCCAGGAACCCAAUAAUCUUCCCUGGGACCCCAAUUCUUCGCGGUUCCCCUCCCGCAGAGAACUGCCGAAGAUUCCUGGAGCCCCAGACGAUGCGGCCUGGGUAUGGGGGAAGGAUGACCAGAUUGGCCGAUUGAAUCUCCUCACACCGGCCAGGGUUAAGGCCGCAGCCGCAGAAAUCAAGACUGGGGAGAUGGUUCGGUUGGACCUCCCUCUCGACGUGCCCAAGACCCCUUCGUUCGGCCGUGAGGUCUUCCAGCACAAGAUCAAGCCGCUAGGCAGCGGUGUCGGGUAUGAUGAUUUGUAUACUAUGAACACGCAGAGCGGAACACAAUGGGAUGGGUUUCGGCACAUAGAUGCUAAGUAUAGUCCUAAGUUCGCCCACCUGGGCUCGAAAUGCUUCUACAACGGGGUUCGUGAUAAGACUGACAAUACAAAGGCAACAUCCGCCGACAUCGAAGGUCCUAAUCCCACAACCCGCUGCAGCAUCCACCACUGGUCAACGCACUGCAUCGCGUCGCGCGCAGUUCUACUAGACUACAAAUCCUACGCCGAAGCUCAUAACGUAAAUUACGAUCCCUACACCUCGCACGCCAUCUCCUAUGCGGACCUAGUCGCCUGCGGCAGAUACCAAAAUCUCGACAUCCGACCCGAGUCUGCCGGCGGAGACUUGAAACCCGGCGAUAUCCUACUCGUGCGCUCGGGCUUCGUCCAGCGAUACAAUGAACUCACACCUUCGCAACGAGAAAGCGCAGCUCAACGUACUGGCGCCGACAUUGCUUGGGCUGGACUGAAGCAGGAAGAGGAGAUUUUGGACUGGCUGCAUGAUAGCUACUUUGCGGCUGUGGCUGGGGAUAGUCCGACGUUCGAGUGUUGGCCUGUUAGCGCUACCGAGGGGGGAAGGGGAUCUAUUGGGUUUAUGCAUCAAAAUAUUUUGGCGCUAUGGGGGAUGCCCUUGGGGGAAAUGUGGGAUCUCGAGAGGGUUGCGGAGGUCUGUAAGAAGGAGAGGAGGUGGACGUUCUUCUUGACCAGUGCGCCGGCGAAUGUUGUUGGUGGCGUGAGUUCGCAUCCUAAUGCCACAGCCAUCUUCUAG